GUGAAGGAGUUAAUUCUCGUGGGACUGUCUGAAGUUCCAUCUCUUCAGCUCCCUCUGUUUCUCUUCUUCCUUCUCAUCUACCUUCUGACAUUAAUCUGGAAUUUGCUGAUCAUUGUCCUCAUAGUCACCGACUCUCACCUCCAUGUUCCUAUGUAUUUCUUCCUUGGGAACCUGGCUGGUUUGGACCUCUGUUCUUCCUCGGUCACCGUCCCACUCACCGUCCCACGAAUGUUAUUUGACCUUCACACCCAGACAAGACAGAUUACCAUAACAGAUUGUCUAACCCAAGUCUUCUUCUUUUUUUUCUGUACUACUUCUGAGGUUUCUCUGUUGACUGUCAUGUCCUACGAUCGAUAUGCCGCCAUUUGUCAGCCAUUACAUUACAUACAGACCAUGAGUUGGAAAGUGUGUGUCCAGUUGGUGUCCAUCGUGUGGUGUCUCGGUUUAAUCCAUUCUUCCAUUGAAGUAUGUUAUACUUUUCAAUUAAACUUUUGUAAAUCAGAUAUUAUAGAAAGCUUCUUCUGUGACCUUCCUCAGUUGUUUCAGAUCUCCUGCAGUGACAUCUUCAUCAACAUUCUACUCGUCUUUAUCUUUGGUAUCUUCCUUGGAGUGGGGUGUCUGAUACCGACCUUCCUGUCCUAUGUCUAUAUAUUCAACACGGUCCUAACAAUCAAAGUGAAGGGCAGUAGAAGUAAAGUUUUCUCCACAUGUACCCCUCAUCUCACAGUGGUGUUUAUACUUUUUGGAUCUGCAUUUUUUAAUUAUUUUCAGCUAAAUGAAAGCCAUCGGUAUUCCAGUAACAAAGUGGUGUCCGUGUUUUACACGGUGAUCCUUCCUCUCCUCAACCCUCUGAUUUACAGUCUGAGGAACCAGGAUAUCAGAAAAGCAUUCCGAGAUGUUAUAGAGAAGUUCAUCCCCAAUACAGCAUAA